AGUCAGGCGAGGCGCAGUGGAGGCUAGUGUGGUCCAUUUACGAGAAAUCCAUGCCAUCGCCGUUUAUGCCACGGCCCGUUCAUUGCACACUGGAUACGGAACACUUUAUAAUUUCAUAGAGAACAAGCUCAUCUGAUCCCAUGCUGGAAUAACGCACACUGCAUGACCUUGCAUUGAAAGUCAUUAUAGAGGGAUUUUUUUUAAAGCACCGACACGGUCCUCGACCGCAGCCAUGGAGAUUGUCACACAUUUUAUAAAUGACACCAUAGAGUUCUACAAAUGGACUCUAACUAUUGCAGACAAGCGAGUGGCGAAAUGGCCUCUGAUGGACAACCCCCUGCCCACGCUGGCCAUCAGCACCUCCUACCUGCUAUUCCUCUGGCUGGGGCCCAAAUACAUGAAGAACAGAGAGCCUUUCCAGCUCCGCAAAACACUCAUUGUCUACAAUUUCAGCAUGGUGUUUCUCAAUUUCUUCAUCUUCAAAGAGCUUUUUAUGGCAGCGCGGUCAGCGAGCUACAGUUACAUUUGUCAACGGGUGGACUAUUCAGAGGACCCCAAUGAAGUCAGGGCCUCUUACAACCAGACAAGCUACGCAGGAACUACCCAGGUAUCCAUAUUAAAGGUCAUUCAUUUGAGACGAUGA